ACAAAACUCUACAAGUAAGAAUUGAUUCCAAGCAUUAUUAUUUAUAUAUAUAUAUAGGCCUAUAUAUUUCUUUCUGCUUAUAACAGAGUAUAUAAUUCAAGUAUCGCAGAAGACGAUUCGGGACUAGUACUUGAUACAAGUUCGUCAUGUCUUCAUUGAAGAUGUGGAUUGUUUUUGCCUUGCUGUCAUACCACGUGACCUGUGCGAUUGGAUUUUAUUUGGCACAGAAUAAUAAACAGACUGCUUGUCAAACAGAUGAAUGUAUCAAUACGAGUCAACAAAUCGCUAGCAUGAUGGAUACAAGUGUUGAUCCAUGUGAAGACAUGUACCAGUUCUCAUGUGGUGGAUGGCUCCGUAAUAAUCCAUUGCCUGAGAAACAAAGCCGAUGGAUUGUAAUGGAUACAAUGAAGUCAAAAAUAAAUGAACAACUUAUUCAGCUAUUGCAAAGCGAUGAUGUCACAUUCAAGGGACACAACUCUACAGCGAUACGAAAAUUGAAAAUUCUCUACAAAACAUGCCUGGACACAGACUCCAUUGAGUCUCAAGGAUUUAAGCCUCUUACAAAGCUAAUUGAUGACUUAGGAUCCUGGACAGUCAGUCCGACCCCAGGAGGAUGGGACAGACAAAAAUGGUCUCUACAAAAAGCUCUAGAGAAAAGCCACUACCUUUGGGGGACCAGCCUCUGGUCAACAUAUAUCUACAAAGAUGCCAAAAAUGGGUCUCGCAAUAUACUACACAUCAAGCAGAGUGGUCUCCUUGACGCUGACCAUCUGAGUACGUAUGAUACCCCAGAAUUCAAAGCGUUGUUUGUGAACGCAACCUCCUCGCUUGGAGUGGCCUUAGGAGGACAGGAAGAAACAGCCCGAACCAAAAUGGAUCAAGUAUUUGAAUUUGAAAAGAAACUCUCUAAGAUAUUCAUUCCUAAAGAAGAGCUCGUGAAUCCAUUCAAGUCUUACAAUAAAAUGACCCUGAGAGAGUUUCAGACACUACUAGGAUCUUGGAUUGACAUAGAAAAAUUUUUCACUGCUAUUGCUGGUCAAAAUUUUCUAACUCAAGAUGAUGACAUCAUUGUAGAAACUCCAAAAUAUUUUCAGAAGCUCAAAAACGUCAUACUGAAAACUGAGAAAGAAGUGUUAGCAAACUAUAUUACUUACAACUUCAUAUUAGCAGCACAUGAUUACUUCCCUUCGAAAGAAUCGAGCUUUAUUAAGAGAAUAGCUAAAGAAGAAAGGUCCGUCUCAACAGGUAAUCCCCGUGCAUCGAAGUGCGUAGAACUGUCGACAAAUCAGAUGGGGUUCGCAGUAAGUGCUCUCUAUGUAGAGAACCACUUCUCUACGGAGAAUCUUGCCAAAGUUGCGAUCAUACUUGAUGACAUAGAGCAUCAGUUUGUCCAAAACUUACAUGUUACAGACUGGAUAGAUUCCCAGACCAAGUUAAAACUUAUACAAAAAGCUAAAUCCAUGACUAACCAAAUUGGACAUCCAGACUGGAUUACUGACCCAAUAAAACUGGAUAAAGAGUUUGAAGAUCUGGACGUCGUAGAAGGGGAACUUUUAGAAAAUUAUGUCCGCAUAGCCAGGUUUAAAGCUGACAAGGAAAUCCAAGCCUACAGGAGAGCUCCAAAGGAAACUUGGCAUGCUUACCCGCACGCCGUCAACGCAUACUACGUCGCCCAGGACAACGAAAUUACAGUACUAGCUGGCAUUUUACAAGAGCCUGUGGUUUCACCGUCAUAUCCUGACGCCUACAUGUAUGGCUCCAUCGGAAUGAUCCUAGGCCACGAACUUAUACAUGGCUUUGACGACAGUGGUAGACUAUAUGACGCAAUUGGUAAUCUCAAAGAAACCUGGUCUACUGGUGCCGCCAAGAAAUUUGAAAGCAGAUCAAAAUGUUUAAUAAAACAGUUUGACUCUUACACAGUACAGGGAAAAAACCUGAGUGGUCUAUUAACUUUGGGAGAAAAUAUAGCAGACAAUGGAGGUGUUAAAUUAGCUUAUAGAGCCUAUAAAGAUGGAAUCAAAUCAAAACAUUCUUUACCAAACUUGAACCUCACUGAGGACCAACUGUAUUUUGUCGGCAUGAGCCAGUUUUGGUGUGGCCAUUACGAUGCAGAGUAUGAAAUACAAUCAAUCCGAAGUGAUAGUCAUGCCCAUAGUAGAUACAGGGUGCUUGGCUCUAUGGCAAAUAGCAGAGAUUUUGCAAGGGCUUUCAAGUGUUCUGAGAAGUCAACUUUAAAUCCAAAGAAUAAAUGCAGCGUCUGGUGAAGCCUUGAAACAUGAAACAUUUCCUGCAUGCAGAGCAACAUAAUUUACAAUUGUAUAAACAAUUAACACAGUUUAUGUACAAACACACAUUGUAUCCAGCAUCUAUUGGAUUGUAUUGAUUUAGUCAGUGGCGUAGCUAGGGUAUUUGAUUCCCUGUGCGGUAGCUCCCCGUGAUACCCUACAAAAAGAAAAAGAAAAAUAACAACAAAAAGACUUCCCCCCCCCCCAAAAUAAUGUGUGUUCGUCGCUUAAGUUAUGCUAAUUCGUAAAACAUCAUACAAACACACAUAUACUAAAAUUGAAUCAUACAUGCUUUCUGGCUGACGAAUCUAUUAAUUUUUUCCCAUCAAUUCUUGAUGAACGAAUACAAUUUCCAAUUGGAUUAAACGUAACUUCGUCAUCGUUGAUCUCAAUUACUUCUUGAUACACUUGAGUUUGAAAAAAAACUUAGCUCCUCUGUACCACAAUGGUCAGAAAUAUGCGAGUCAAGACAACUAUACUCUGGACUGAACUAUCACGCCUAUAUUUUUGUUUUUAACUCAAUAGGUUUUUGUUACGGAAAGUUUUUAGAUUUCUGAAGAAACUGCGCUAAACCGUUUGAAGCCUCUUUUGCUCCAGAAGAAACACCCUUUUGUUAAUGUCACUAGGAAAACUGUUGAGAUUGGUUUCGAUCUGAGGAUUCAAUAGUUGGAAUGGCGACAAAAAUCAUAUUGAUCAACCACAUCCUAAGGUGCUCAUAAGGUGCUCAGAAUCAGUGAUUAUUUCUUAUUCUCAUGUACCCGAAUCCAAGGUAGAUGAGAAAAUUAAAAUAUUGCAUAUCAACUAAAAAUCCGCCGACUUCCGAUCUAAUAGAAGAAUGUUCUACUAUACAAUGAAAUGUCUGCAAAGGUUCUAUAACUUUUGAAAAUGUACCCCUAACCUUCUUUAAGGAUUUUCCUCUGCUGCUCUUUAAUGUACAAGCGAAGCGCUUAAAGCUAGUUCCGGUUAUUUUGAUAAGUUGUGUGUUGAAGUUGAAAACAAAAUGUAUAAACGGUAGAGUAUUGAACAUUGUAACUGUAUCGACUUGAAUUCCUGCCAAAUUCAGAGAGCGGUUUUGAGCAGUCAACAAAUUCUGCUUUAUGAUUGACUUCGAGAAUACGCUUUCGAACACCGUAGUGAGACAUGAAAGCAGCAAUAUCAAAGCUUUGACCUCUGUAGUCCUUUAUUUCUAUGUCCUCCGAAUGUAAUUUCUCUACAAUCCUUGAGGUGGUUCCAACGACAUGAUUGUCCACGGUGUCGAUGAAAUCAACGAAACACUUACCAACUAGUACUCCAUCAUUAUCCAUUAAAUUAACAAAGUGACUAAAUAAAGAAAUGUUCAAUUGACAUUUUCAAUACAGAAACUUGUGAGUGUGCAAUUUGCAGUUUUUACUGAGAAUAUUUGAUAUACCCGCCAUCGCUUGAUGCCUCUUGCGGCCCGCACCACCGCACAUGGCUAGCUACGCCUCUGAAUUUUGUGCAUAUAUUAUAUACAUAUUUGUGCAAUAUACAAUUCAAUUCUAAUAGACUGAUUUGUGAUAUAAAGUACAUAAAGAUAUAUAUAUAUAUCUAAAGAUUGCGUAACAGUCAUUGAAUUGUACGUGACAAAUGAAACAAUUUGAAAUGUGUUAUUAAACUUCUAAUUCCUACCUAUAUAUUAAA